GGGUAACACUUUGAUUAUGGCAACACAGAUGUUCUACGUAAAAUUAACUUCCUUUUACUCGUGUUCUUUUGACAACACGAGGUUAUAACUUGUUAAUUCUUAAAAGGUGUUAACAAUGGCCGAGGAAAAUUGGACCGAAGAUGGCGAGGCAGGCAGCAUGGCUGUCGAUGCCAUGCCCCCGCCACAACCGGCAGAUAUCCCAGAGAUCAAACUCUUUGGAAGAUGGAGUUGUUAUGAUGUCCAAGUUUCGGACAUGUCCCUACAGGAUUAUAUUUCUGUGAAAGAAAAGUACGCCAAGUACUUACCUCACUCAGCGGGCAGGUAUGCACACAAACGGUUCCGCAAAGCUCAGUGCCCAAUUGUUGAGCGUCUGACCAAUUCCCUGAUGAUGCACGGCAGAAACAACGGCAAAAAACUUAUGGCUGUUCGUAUUGUCAAACACGCAUUCGAGAUCAUCCACCUUCUGACAGGUGAAAAUCCCCUUCAGGUUCUUGUGACAGCUAUCAUUAACUCAGGCCCUCGUGAAGAUUCCACUAGGAUCGGUCGUGCUGGUACGGUGCGUCGUCAGGCCGUGGAUGUUUCUCCCCUACGUCGUGUGAACCAGGCUAUUUGGCUGUUAUGCACUGGCGCUCGUGAAGCUGCCUUCAGGAACAUCAAAACGAUCGCUGAAUGUGUUGCUGAUGAGCUCAUCAAUGCCGCCAAAGGCUCAUCCAACUCAUAUGCCAUCAAGAAGAAAGAUGAGCUGGAACGUGUUGCUAAAUCCAACCGUUAAGUGUUUUUAAGAAAAGGACUAAAUAAAAAUGUAAGAAAAA